CGCAACUCUGAUUCCUCGUUCUUUGACGUCGAGGUCUCUCUACCGCACACGUUUUCUUUACAGACCUUCAGGCUUGCUCCAAAGGUCGUUACGCUCUUUAGCAUCGGUUUUAAUAGUCCUUCCUUCUUUAGGUUCUCGAGUCACCUUCACUUUCGACUCUUGGCCCUUCCGGUCCUUCAACCAAACACAAAAAGCAUCCACCUACCUUCUUCACCAUGGCCAACUUCAGCAAGCCCACCAGCAUGAUGACCAUGGUCUUCGGCCUGUUGUCUCUUCUUCAGUUCACCGUUGCUUUCCAGCAUGGCUCCCACCACCACGCACACCCUGCUCGCGCCGCCAACGAUGCUUCCAUUGAGGCCCACAUCAACCAGAUCGAGGGCGAGCUCACCAAGCGCCAGUCGCGCGGCCCCAUCGCCAUUACGGGUGUCUGCAGCUCUGGCACUGCCUCCAACGGCCAGUGCAACGGCGGCAGGACUGCUGCUCCCCGUCUUGAGAUCCGUACCUUGGCGCGCAACGCCGACCAGUGGAACCUGUACCUCCUCGGUAUGGAGAGGUUCAUGGGCAAGUCCAAGGACGACAUGCUCUCGUACUACCAGGUCUCUGGUGUUCACGGUCGUCCUUUCCAGACCUGGAACAACUUCCCCACACCUCUCUUGAACCAGCAAGGUUUCUGCCCUCACGGUGGUUCCCUCUUCGGUUCAUGGCACAGGCCUUACCUUGCCAUCUACGAGCAAGCAUGGUACCAGAGCGUCAUGGAGGUGAUCGCUGAGUUCCCCUCCAACCAGCAGCAGCGAUGGAGGAACGCCGCGGCCACUCUCCGUAUGCCAUACUGGGAUUGGGCCAUGGACCCCAACGGCGGCCCUACUGUCCCUACCCAGAUGCGUGACCAGACCGUCACUGUUACCAAGCCCCAGGGAACCGUCACCAUCUCCAACCCGCUCUACAAGUACAGCUUCGGCAACUCGCUUCCCUCUGAGAUGGGUGGAGGACCAUGGAACAGCUUCCCGGAGACCCUCCGUCGCCCGGUUGCCAACCCUACCCGCAGCAACAACAACGAGAUGAACGCCCGUUUCAACUCCAUCCGCGUCUCUCUCCGUGACCGUGUCUUUGCUCUGUUCUCCAGCAAGGCUAACUGGGGCGCUGCCAGCACUUCCGCCAUUGGUGUUCGCACUGACCUAAGCGGCGGCGGUGUUGACAGCUUCGAGUCUGUUCACGAUGCCAUCCACAACACCGCUGGUGGUGAAUCUGGUGGCCACAUGUACUACCUCGAUGUCUCGGCUUUCGACCCCCUCUUCUGGCUCCACCACACCAACGUUGACCGUCUCCUCGCCAUGUACCAGCUCAUCACCCCCAACACCUACAUCUCCAACGGUAACGUUCCCCGUCCCAUGGCUCAGUGGAACCAGGGUGAGCCCAAGAAUCAGUACUCUCCUCUCAAGCCCUUCACCAAGGACACCGCUGGCAACUACUUCACCUCGGUCGAUGUCAAGGAGACCCGCACUCUUGGAUACUACUACCCUGAGACCAGCGACCGCUCUUACCAGCAGGUCGCCCGCGCUGUUACUCAGCUUUACGGUGCCGGUCAGAGGACUCUUACCAAGCGUGACGGUGACGAGUCGGCGACUGGCCAGUACCUCGGACGUCCCAUCAAGGAGGGUGACUACCACACUGUUCUUUCCGUCAUUGCCGACAAGUAUGCGCUUGAGGGAUCUUACACUGUUCACUGCUUCGUUGGAAAGCCCAGCAGCAACUCUACCAAGAACUCCACCGCGCCCGCGGCCGAUUCGCCUUACCCGGUUCUCAACAUCACCACUCCUCUUCUUUCCAUCAGCAUUGGUGGUGGCUCCGCUCCCAGCACUGAGGUUCCCAGCAACGAGACCGAUGCUUCCUACGACCCAACCACCGACUACACCCAGGAUCCCAACUACGUCGGUUCCUACGGUAUCCUCGGUGCUAUGAUGCAAGGCGGUGCCAACGCUUCCCAGGCUCUCAUGACUGAGGGUGCUCUUCCCUUGACCACCUGCCUCCAGGGUAAGGAAGCCGCUGGCGAGCUUGAGUCGCUCCGUCCCGAACAUGUCGAGCCUUACCUCAAGGAGAACCUCCACUACAAGGUUGUUGGUGUUAACGGCGAGAUCGACGCUGACACCAUUCCCAACUUCCACAUCAGCGUCAAGUGCAACAAGGCCAAGCCCGCGGCCUCUGACGACGAGCUUCCCGACCUGAGCGCCCCUUACGAGGUCCUCGAGAGCGUCACUGCUCACCUCCCCGCUGGCAAGCCCUUCAAGUACAUCCCCUCUGCGCUCGACAUUCCUCUGCCCGAUGGCCCGGAAUACCUCGAGCCCAGCAGCGACGGCUCUAAGCCCCAGAGCCCCAGCAACGGUGUCUUCCCUUACCCAUCCAUGCCCUGGGAGGAGGAGGGCUACUGCAUCACCAAGCAGACCAUUGAGUACGUUGAUGAGCAGGGUAACUUCCUGUACUCGGAGAUGUAAGGUGGCAGAUGUCGGUUGUAGCAGGAGAGUCAUGUGGAGGAGAGAAGCAUAUGUAUGCUUGCGUAUGAAGGAUCUUUUACAUAAUACCUUUCGAUGUACAUUGGACAUGAGAGCUUUUUUUUUCCUUACAAAAUGUCAAUUGAUAUCCAGCAGUGGUUCUCGUAUAGUUUUUCCUAACGUCAUCGUCCCCUUGGAUGUCUCUGUCUAUAGCGUAGGUGUCCGUAGCGCUUUGCAAUAUGACUAUAAACAUACUUCCGUUCCGAUGCCGUGCAUGUGUUGCUUUACGAUGUGAAAUUAUGAUUGCUGGUAAUGGUUUCAUGAAGCGAGACCUUGCCAGAUCUGAAAUGCGUGCUGUGUCUGUUAUGAAGCCGACAUGCACAACAGUGCACACAUGUCGGACAUCACGUAGGAAUCGUUCAGCCAAGGCAAGC